AACAAUAUGUUCACGUUAUGGGUUUUAUUGACGACAGUGGGUCUGGUCAGUUGUUAUAUCCUACCAGAUCCCCAAUUUAGCUUAUCGGCCAAGGGCGGUGAAUUUAAGUCAGAAGAUAUCCCUGGACUUAAGAAUCUAUAUUUCAUAUAUAAAGUAAAUAAAGGUACAGAACUGCUUAGAAAAGCAGAAAAGGGAGCUGAUGGUAUCUGGCGUUAUGUUGAUGCUUUAAUGGAAAAUGUCGAUGAAGUUGACUAUUAUAGCCAGGGUUAUUUAGAUGGUUUGAUAUUUGGAGGAUCUCAUCAGGUUUGGAAACGAGUACCUUUGGCUACUCUACCACCGAGAAGAAUGCGUGGGGCCGUUUCCUUUAGAGAUGAUUUUAAUGGAAAUCACUUGGAUACUAAUCACUGGACGGUGCAAGUUACAGCAACCGGAGAAUACCAUAAAGAAUUUCAAGUGUAUACUAAUGAUCAUAGAAAUGUUUAUGUUAAAAAUGGUAAACUUUAUAUAAAACCGACAUUGGCAGUUGAUAGCGGUCAUUUUACUGAAAAUGAUUUAUAUCAUGGUGUAUUAGACGUUAAAAAAACUUGGGGUACAUGUACAUUUAGUGGUAAUCGAGGAUGUUACCGAGAAGCUAAAGAUGGUCUCCUACCCCCAUUAUUAUCUGGUAGGAUAGACAGUAAACCAACGUUAAAAUAUGGUCAGGUUGUAGUCAGAGCUCAGAUACCGAGAGGAGAUUGGAUUUGGCCAGCUAUAUGGAUGAGACCAACCAACUCUCCAUAUGGGGGUUGGCCACAAGAUGGUGAAAUAGACUUUAUGGAAGCCGCUUGUAAUGAAGUCGCAUAUUGGGGCAAGAAUGACAAUCAUGGAAUCAAAAGAAUACACUCAACACUUCACUUUGGUCCAGAUUCCGCACAUGACCAUCAUGUUAGUGGCGAAAAAGUAAAAGAACAUGGUGAUUGGCAUGAAUUCCAUACGUAUAAAAUGGACUGGUCACCAGACCACAUCAUCAUUUCAGUUGAUGAUGAUGUUAUCCUUAAAAUGACGGUAGCAGAUGGAACGACAUUGUGGAAUCAGUAUAAGUUCCAGGGUACUAAUCCAUGGGCCCAUGGUAAUAAGAUAGCACCUUUUGAUCAACAGUUCCAUAUGAUCCUAAACGUAGCUAUUGGGGGAACCUAUGGUAUGUUUAACGAUAAGACACACUACGCCUAUCCCAAACCAUGGCAUAACACCGACAAAGAUCCACUGAAGAAUUUCUGGGAAGGACGACACAAUUGGCUACCGACCUGGCAUGGUGAUGAUGUGGCUAUGAUAGUUGAUUAUGUAGAAUUUAGACAUAUGUAAAUAAAGCCUA